ACCCUAAACGCCAUUGUUAUCUCCUUCUUCACAAGUUUUGUCAAAAAAGUUUGAAGAUUUAAUAGAAGCAGUGUCGAUGGUAGCACCAGAUGAACCUUCGUUUUAUGCUGCGAACCAAUCAGGACGAACUUGGGCUUCACUUGUUUCGGGAGGUUGUGAUGGUGACGAGGUUGAGAUUGUGAGCAGUGUUAAGGGUUUUGAUACAUUGUCUCUGUCUUUGGCGGGAAAAUCGGAAUGUUGCGAUGGUGAUCAAGACGACCGUUCUGGUCAGUCAAUUUCUCCGAUGGCUAAGAUUGGUACGGAAGAUUCUGUUUUUUCGGAAACGGUGGGGAAAAUUUUUGGGGUUUUAAAAGCUGUGAAAGAGAUUGGGGAGGAUGGUGUAGGGAAGUUCGAAACUUUGAAUGUUUCUCAUGAAAUUGAGAAAGAUGAAACUGGCGAGAGGGAGCACUUAGUAACUGGUGUGGAAGAAGGAAUUGGUGUUGAAGCUGCUCUAAAAGAGGAGAUUGAGGAGGAUGGUGCGGUUAAGUUCAAAACUGUGAGUGUUGAUCUUGAAGAAAAAGAGGUCGGGGAUGAGAAAUUGGUUUCUUGUGAAAUUGAGAAAGAGGAAGCCAAUGGAUCGAAAUAUGGUAUGCCUUGUGAUGAGGUGAAAGAGGUAGAUGUUUUAGUAUCUAGGGAUGGAACCAAAGAGGAAAACUGUCUGCUUAGUGAUGAAGUUGAUGAUGACGACAACAUUGAUCAGAUUGUAGAAGAAGAGGCUAUCAAGUUAAGAAACUUCAUUGUGGACUUAUUAACCUCAGAAUCUCUGCAUGUUGAUGUCGUUGAUAAGACUACCCUGGAUAUGCAGGAGACUGUUUCUACACGUGAGUUUACCGCUAAAGACUUGGAAAUCGAACAAGCUUCCUUCGGAGAAAGUGUUGUGGGGGUUGGUGGGUUUGAAAGUGAUGAAGAAACUGAAGAGAUGAGAAAAGUUUAUUCUGGUAGUCAUGCCCAUUCCGAUGAAACAAACAUUCCUCACCAUCAUGUAGAUAGGAUUGAUGGUCAGAUUGUCUCUGAUUCUGACGAGGACGUAGACACGAAUGAUGACGAUGAAGAGAAAACGUUUGAUUCUGCAGCUUUGGCUACGUUUCUAAAGGUGGCCACCAGUGGAAGUUCAGAUGGUGGUAAUUUUACCAAAUCGGAGGAUGUAAUGAAGCUUUUCUCUAUGGAACCUCCAGCUGGUCUGGGGUCAUCAUUAAGAGUUGUUCAAUCUGCCGCCCCACUUCCCAACCGUUCCAACAUCUUUCCCAGUCUAAAACUUGCAAUGGGUGGAAAGAUUGACAAUAACUUGAGUGAGGAAGAGAGACAUAAGUUGGAAAAACUGCAAAGUAUACGUGUAAUAUAUUUGCGUCUUGUGUAUAGGUUGGGGCAGUCGGUAGAUAAUUCAAUAGCAACACAGGUUCUCUACGAUCUUACAUUUCUUACGAUGAGGCAUUUUGGUCAGUCAUCCAGUCUUGAUGUUGCAAAGAAGAUGGCUAUGGAGGCUGAGGGAAAAGAAGAUUUAAAUUUCUCUCUAAACAUACUGGUCCUUGGAAAAGCUGGAGUAGGAAAAAGUGCUACGAUAAAUUCCAUCUUGGGCGAUCAGAAGGCAUCCAUUCAUUCAUUUGAACCAUCCACCACUUCGGUUCAAGCAAUUUCUGGAACUGUGGGUGGUGUCAAGAUUACAAUCAUCGAUACUCCGGGCUUAAAGUCUUCUGCCAUGGAUCAAAGUGCCAAUUCCAAAAUGUUGUCUUCAGUGAAGAAGAUAAUGAAAAAGUUUCCCCCUAAUGUGGUUCUUUAUGUUGAUCGUCUUGAUGCCCAGAAUAGAUGCUUGAACAAUACGCCCUUGCUAAGGACAAUUACUGCUUCUCUUGGUUCAUCCAUAUUGAAAAACGCCAUAGUGACAUUGACCCAUGCUGGUUCUGCCCCUCCUGAUGGCCAAUCUGGCACCCCUUUGAGCUAUGAUGCGUUUGUAGAACAGUGCUCACAUAUUGUUCAACAGUCUAUUGGACAAGCCGUUGGUGAUCUAUGUGUGAUAAACCCAAGAUUAAGAAAUCAAGUUCCCCUUGUUGAGAAUCACCCCUUGUGUAGGAAGAACCGGGAGGGAGUGAAGGUCCUUCCGAAUGGCCAAACUUGGAGACUUCAACUGUUGCUUAUGUGCUACUCAAAGAAGAUUAUUAUUGAUGCAAAUUCUCUAUUUAAGCCUCAAGAACCAUUGGACCAUCGUAAAAUAUUUGGUUUCCAAGUUCAACCAAUACCUCUCCCUAACUUGUUGUCUUGGCUGUUGCGGUCCCGUGCACAUCCUAAGCUCCUUGUAGAUCAAGGUAGCGAUAGUGUUGAUUUUGAUAUCGAAAUUGAUGAUGUGUCUAAUUCUGAACAGGAGAAUGGGGAAGAUGACGAGUAUGACCAGCUGCCACCAUUUAAGCCUCUUCGGAAAACUCAAGUUGCAAAACUCUCAAAGGCACAGAGAAAAGCGUAUUUUGACGAGUAUGAUCUCCGGGUAAAGCUUCUGCAGAAAAAACAAUGGAGGGAGAACUUGAGGAGGAUGCGAGAAAUAAAGAGAAACGGAGAGAAGAAGGUCCCUGAAUAUCCUGAAGUAGAAGAGGCUCCACCUGCAUUGCCUCCUGUUAUAUUACCGGAUAUCGUCUUGCCACCGUCAUUUGACAGUGAUUACUCAUCUUAUCGUUACCGUUCUCUGGAAUCCUCUUCGCAGCUUAUUACCAGGUCAGUGUUGAACCACGAAGGUUGGGACCAUGAUAGUGGACUUGACUGUGUUAUCGUAGACCAGAGUCUUGCGAUAGCUAAACAAUUCCCCGCCGCAGUUACUGUCCAAGUGACCAAGGACAAGAAAGAGUUCAACAUCCUUUUAGACUCCUCUAUAUGUGCUAAGCACGGGGACAAUGGAUCUACUAUGGCAGGGCUUCUUAUCCAGGGAGGUGAGCAACUAAUGUAUUUGUUCAAAGGAGAAACCAAAUUCAAGAAGUCAAAGAGGAACGAGAUAACUCUUGGAGGGUUAGUGACGUUCUUUGCUGGGAGUAUUCCCAUUGGUGUCAAAGUCGAGAAUCAGAUGGCCCUCGGAAAACGGCUAGUCCUCGUGGGAAAUGCAGGGGCCACUCGGUCACAAGGAGACUCAGCUUUUGAAGCAAAACUCGAGGCCAGACUUAGAGAAGCUGAUUUUCCAAUAGGACAAAACCAAUCCCAUGCGGGAUUGUCUCUAACGAAGUCGAAAGAUGAUUUAACCGUCACAGCCAAUGUACGAUCCGAAGUCUCUAUCGGAAGACAAACAAAGGUAACAGCUUCUGCAAGUCUUGACACCAAGAGGACUGGGCGUUUUAGUGUCCGAACCAGCAGCUCAGAUCAGUUGCAGCUUGCUCUUAUGGCCAUUCUUCCUUUUGCCAUGUCCAUCUACAAGAGGAUUAUUAGAUCGGAAGAGAACUGACAAUGAUCUUUAGGAUUACGGAUUUUCAAACUUUGGAUUAGAAAACAAUUUGGAUUUGUUUAAAAAAGUUGAAUUUCUUUGUCUAAUUCAUUACAUUUCUCUUGUAUUAUCAAGAGAAUCUUCCUAA